UCUUGGCAUUUUGAUUUCACCUACAACCUAAAAGUUCCUUCAAUAUGUCUUCCAUUCUACCUCAAAACCAUGCCAUUAGAUCCUCACAACAACGAGCCCUAGAUAAAAUUGGAACGAUACAGAGAAGAUCCAGUACAAAUCGAGCUAAGAACACCUCCCGCCAUGUUCUCCUACCUGCACGAGUCUAUUGUAUCUCUUCCUCCUCCUCUUCCUCGUCCAACAUUGCCACAAUCACCACCAAACCACCGCCCGUCUCAGAACCACUAACUUAUGACCCACUCACUCCCAUCACAAAAAUCAAGACUAGUAAUACGAGAAGUGUACUAAAUGACUCGAGUUUAAAAUCCACAUGGGCUCAUCGAGCCUGGAUGGCAAGUGGGUGCACCACCGUGCUAAUUCCCAUAGCACGGUCUGCAGCAGGGGCACUCGACUCACAUAUGUGGGCCGGGCCCCUUAUAGCAGGCUGCAUUGGCUACAUCCUAUCGGACUUAGCUUCCGGAAUUUACCAUUGGGGAAUUGACAAUUACGGCAGCGCCAAAACCCCUGUUUUCGGAGCCCAAAUUGAAGCAUUUCAAGGUCACCAUAAAUGGCCAUGGACAAUCACCCGACGCGAAUUCUCUAACAAUCUCCAUUCCUUAGCACGCGUAGUGACAUUCACUGUCCUCCCAAUCGAUCUCUUCUGCAAAGAUCCAACUACUCUGGCAUUCGUUGGGGUUUGUUCAGGUUGCAUUAUGUUCAGCCAACAGUUCCAUUCAUGGGCUCAUGGCACGAAAAGUAAGUUGCCUUCAAUGGUGUUAGCAUUACAAGACGCUGGAAUACUCGUAUCGAGGGAACAACACGCUGCCCAUCAUCGCGUUCCAUAUAACAACAAUUACUGCAUUGUUAGUGGAAUAUGGAACGCGAUUUUGGAUGAAUCGAAGUUUUUUGAGCUGCUGGAGAUGAUUUUCUUCUUUAAAUUCGGAGUCCGGCCUAGAUCAUGGAGUGAACCAAAUUCAGAAUGGAUUGAAGAAACUGAAAUACAAUCAAUUCCUGCUUCACAUUGAAUUCAAUUACAGUAUAUUAAGCUA